CAGGAAAGUGGAACACUUUUUAAAGUGAGAUGGCAUGGUGUGUACACGUCAUAGAGGAGCGAAAAUAAAACAGGUUUCUCACUCUAGGUCUCCUCAUGUUACAGAGAUCCUGUGUUGAACCCAGCUGAGAGGAAUACUGAUCAGUUUGCUGUUGCUGUAAGCUCUCAUGAGGGAGGGAGCUUUCUGAUGGAGGGAGACUUCCUUAAAAGAAACAGCCUUGACAUGCCCAGUCAGGAUAACGGUCUGGUGAAGAAGACUCAGCUGUUGGAUCGAGGCCAGUGGGCAAACAAGGUGGAAUUUCUUCUGGCAGUAGCUGGAACCCUGGUUGGCCUGGGAAACCUCUGGAGGUUCCCCUAUUUAUGCUACAAAAAUGGGGGAGGUGCAUUUCUGGUUCCGUACGUCUUGUUUCUACUCUCUUGUGGUAUCCCGAUGUUUCUUUUGGAGACUGCCAUGGGACAGUUCACAUCUCAAGGAUGUAUCACUUGCUGGAGGCACUUCUGCCCCUUGUUUGAAGGGAUUGGUUAUGCUACCCAGGUCGUGAUUGCAUAUGCGGCCGUGUCGUACAUUGUCAUCCAGGCAUGGGCCUUCUUCUACCUCUUCUCAUCCUUCAGCGCUGAGGUCCCAUGGGCCAGCUGCAGGAACUCCUGGAACACAGAGUCUUGUGUUGAAUUUGAUAAAACAAAUGCGUCAUCCAAUUGGACAGCAAACGCAACAACACCUGCAACAGAAUUCUGGGAGAGACGAGUGCUGGGUAUAUCUCAAGGAAUUGAAGAGAUUGGUAGCCUGAGGUGGGAGUUGGUCUUGUGUCUCUUGCUGGCCUGGAUCCUGUGCUACUUCUGUGUUUGGAAAGGCGUGAGAUCAACAGGAAAGGUAGUUUACUUUACAGCCACUUUCCCCUAUUUGAUGCUGGUGGUUCUGUUGGCUCGAGGACUCACUUUACCAGGAGCUAUUGAUGGCAUAGCUUUCUACCUGUACCCUGACCCAACAAGGUUGGUGGACCCUCAAGUUUGGAUGGAUGCAGGUGCACAAGUUCUUUUCUCUUUUGGGAUUUGUCAGGGAAGUUUGACAGCUCUGGGCAGUUACAAUCAGUUUAACAAUGACUGCUACAAGGACACUUUUGUUCUGUGUUUGGUGAAUGGCGGGUCAAGCUUUGUAGCAGGGUUUGCUAUCUUUUCAGUUUUGGGCUUUAUGUCCUAUGAACAAGGACUGCCAAUAUCUGAAGUGGCUGCUUCUGGACCUGGCCUGGCUUUUAUUGCCUAUCCACGUGCAGUAGCCAUGAUGCCUUUCCCUCAGUUAUGGGCUAUAUGCUUCUUCAUCAUGGUCAUCUUGUUGGGUGCAGAUACACAGUUUGUGAGUUUGGAGUGCCUGAUGACGUCUGUGACCGACAUGUUCCCCAACGUGUUUCGAAAAGCUUAUCGUCGAGAGUUGCUGCUGCUUGCUCUCUGCUCUGUUUGCUUCCUUCUCGGCCUUCUUCUUGUCACAGAGGGAGGCUUAUAUUUCCUCCAACUUUUUGACCAUUACGUUUGUAGUGGCAACAAUCUUCUCCUCCUUUCAGUGUGUCAAUCGAUAGCAAUGGGAUGGAUAUAUGGUGCAGAUCGUCUCUAUGACAACAUUGAAGACAUGGUGGGUUAUCGUCCAUGGCCAAUGAUGAAGUAUUGUUGGCUUUAUAUAACCCCCACUGUUUGUGUGGGUACCUUUAUCUUUUCAGUGAUGAAAUACAAGCCUCUCAAGUACAACAAUACCUACGUCUACCCAAGCUGGGCUUAUGCUUUGGGUUGGUUCCUUGGACUGUUCUGUGUUCUCCUGGUUCCUCUGUGGAUCAUCUUUAAAGUUACUCAGAUGAAAGGGACAAUAGGGCAGAACCUCAGGCAGCUUUGCUCCCCUGAAAACAAGAUGCACCACACCGCAAAGCAACCUGAGCAAUGCCCUUUAAAUCCAGACGACACUCUUACUACUGUUGCCAAUGAAAACAAAGGAACUGGUGGAGCUGAGAUGGAGAUGCAAAUGUGAAAAACUAACCAUUUUUGAUUAAGUUUAAAUUUGAUAUUAUCAUUUUAAACCCCUAAGAAAGCUAAGCAUCUUUUAGAAAUUAUGGUGAACAAUAAAUUCUGACGACUUCCAGCUCUGCUGAUUAUAUACCAGUCUGCAACCAGUCUGCUGUAGACCAAAAAGCUAUUUUCAGUAAAAGCAAACAUGUAAUCUGUUUGAUAAUGUCAUAAUUUUCAUGUUCCAGUAAUUUUUGCAGUGGUUCUUAACCUGGGGGUUGCAAAAUAAUUUCCAGGGGUUGCCACAUGGGUGUGG